AGAUAACACGCUUUUCCGUGUAUUGCUUUCUUCCGUUUCUGCUAUUUCCUGCCAACUUCUCUUUCCUGAUCUCUCCAGAAAUUUCAUUUCUCAUUCUCAGAGAGAGAGAGAGAGAGAGAGAGAGGGAGGGAGGGAUGGGAUUGCUCUCCAACAGGGUCGAUAGAGGGAGUCUGAAGGCAGGGGAUCAUAUAUACUCUUGGAGGACCGCUUACGUUUAUGCCCAUCAUGGCAUCUAUGUUGGGGAAAAUGAAGUCAUCCACUUCACAAGAGGAAGGGGUCAGGAAGUUGGAACUGGGACGGUGCUCGAUGUCCUCCUCCUGAGCUCUGGGCCGAAUCGAUAUCAACUCUGCCCGAAUUGCUCCCAACAAGAAGACGGUAAUGGAGUUGUCUCUUCUUGCCUGGACUGCUUUCUUGCAGGUGGGGUCCUAUACCGCUUCGAGUAUUCUGUCAGCCCUGCUCUCUUUCUUGCGAAAGCUCGUGGUGGAACAUGCACCCUUGCUGUCUCUGACCCAGACGAGAUUGUAGUUCACCGAGCUACCUACUUGCUCAACAAUGGCUUCGGAUGCUACAACGUCUUCAAGAACAACUGCGAGGACUUUGCCAUCUAUUGCAAGACUGGUCUCCUCGUCCUCGACGAGGGGACGAUUGGUCGGAGUGGCCAGGCGGUGUCAAUCAUCGGCGGCCCCCUUGCGGCUGUCAUGUCGACACCCCUGCGCCUCGUCACCACUAACAUAUAUGGGAUGACAGCGACGGCCGUUGGGGUCUACUGUGCGAGCCGCUAUGCUGCUGAUAUUGGCAUGCGGAGGGAUGUGGUGAAGGUGGAUGCUGAGGAUCUGACGUCGAGGCUGGCAGCGGGUGCCCUGCGGGUCGUGGAGGCCAGCAGCACAGCUGCGGUGCUUCCAGUCCGAUGUUAGCUCCUCUCUGUUUGGGGUUAGAUAUUAUUUGAUGGGAAAGUGAUGUCUUGGACAUUGGUUUAGGGUUCAAUGGAGAGAUGUUCUGAACCUUGACGAUGGCUGAUGAUCAUUGUAUUGCUUUUAUGUAUUGGUAUCCAUUGUGUUUUAUGUUUGCUUGGAAAUGAUUAUAAGGAUUUAAAGUUCAUUAAGAAAGUUUAUUAUGG